AUGUUGCUUUGUAUGACGAGCAACCUCCGACGCGAACUCUCCUCCGUGAGCCUUUCUCAGUCCGUGACCAGCAGCAACGCCGCGAGCCCGUCCCUCGUUGUGAACCAGUCCCGUCGCACAGCCACUCCUUCUCGCCGGGAGAAGCUCCUCAGCCGCGACGGGAGCGAAUUUAUGAGAAUCCGACUUCAGGCGAUUGAGGGUGAAUGCACCCGACGACAGCUAAUCUCGAUAGGUCCGGUUGUGGGCAGGAGAACUACAUCAUCCCGCCCUUCAUGGCGAUUCGAGCAUCCCGCGAUUGCAACCACGCCGAUGACGAGAAUGCCGACGUCCACCAGAUUUUCCAGCGACGGGACCAACUUGUGCGGAGACAUAAACCUUAAAAUCGUGCCUCUCAAGUACAUCUCAAGAGGUCGGGACAUGGUGUAUUUAUAG